AUGUCAACUCCUCAAGAUAUUGCCAAUAGUUUCCAAAGAGCUAUGAGUAUCUCAGGAUCUCCAAAUGCCGUUUCAACCUCCCCAACCCAAUCAUAUUUAAACAACUAUAUCCCAAAAAAGGCCACCAAAGCUUUAAAACCCUUCUCCACUGGUGAUAUUAAAAUUUUAUUAUUAGAAAAUGUUAAUGUAACAGCUAUUGAAAUUUUCAAAGGUCAAGGAUAUCAAGUUGAAUUCUACAAAACUUCAUUACCAGAAGAUGAAUUAAUCGAAAAAAUUAAAGAUGUUCAUGCUAUUGGUAUUAGAUCAAAAACCAAAUUAACUGAAAACGUUUUAAAACAUGCUAAAAAUUUAGGUGUUAUUGGAUGUUUCUGUAUUGGUACUAAUCAAGUUGAUUUAGAAUUUGCUGCUAGAUCAGGUAUUGCUGUUUUUAACUCACCAUUUUCAAAUUCUAGAUCAGUUGCUGAAUUAGUUAUUGGAGAAAUUAUUACAUUAGCUAGACAAUUAGGUGAUAGAUCAAUUGAAAUGCAUACUGGUACUUGGAAUAAAGUUUCAGCCAAAUGUUGGGAAAUCAGAGGUAAAACUUUAGGUAUUAUUGGUUAUGGACAUAUUGGAUCACAAUUAUCAGUAUUAGCUGAAGCUAUGGGUAUGAAUGUUAUCUAUUAUGAUGUUGUAAUGAUUAUGUCAUUAGGUAAUUCUAAACAAGUUUCAUCAUUAGAUGAAUUAUUAUCAAAAUCAGAUUUCAUUACUUGUCAUGUACCUGCUACUGCUGAAACCAAAAAUUUAUUAAGUGCUCCACAAUUUUCUUCAAUGAAAGAUGGUGCUUAUGUUAUUAAUGCUUCAAGAGGUACUGUUGUUGAUAUUCCAGCAUUAGUUCAAGCUAUGAAAAUUGGUAAAAUUGCUGGUGCUGCUUUAGAUGUUUAUCCUCAUGAACCAGCUAAAAAUGGUGAAAACUUAUUUAGUAAUGAAUUAAAUGAUUGGGCAAGUGAAUUAUGUUCAUUAAGAAAUGUUAUCUUAACUCCUCAUAUUGGUGGAUCAACUGAAGAAGCUCAAUCAGCUAUUGGUGUUGAAGUUGCUACUGCUUUAACUAAAUAUAUCAAUGAAGGUAAUUCAACUGGUGCAGUUAAUUUCCCAGAAGUUGCUUUAAGAGGAUUAGAUUUAGAUCAACAAAAUACCGUCAGAGUAUUAUAUAUCCAUCAAAAUGUUCCAGGGGUUUUAAAAACUGUUAAUAACAUUUUAUCAAUCUACAAUAUUGAAAAACAAUUUUCUGAUUCCAGAGGUGAUGUUGCUUAUUUAAUGGCUGAUAUUUCUGAUGUUGAUGUCAGUGAUAUUAAAUCUUUAUAUGAACAAUUAGAACAAACUCCUUAUAAAAUUGCCACCCGUUUAUUAUAUUAA